UAUUGUUAUUGUUUUUUUUUUCUUUUUUUUUUUCGAUUUUAGUGUUGUUUGAUCAACAAUGGGAGUUCCGGCAUUUUACCGGUGGUUGGCGGAGAAGUAUCCGAUGGUGGUGGUGGACGUGGUUGAGGAAGAGCCGGUGGAUAUCGAAGGAGUUAAAAUUCCGGUCGAUACCAGCAAGCCAAACCCUAACAAGAUCGAAUACGAUAACCUCUACCUCGAUAUGAAUGGAAUUAUUCACCCUUGCUUUCACCCUGAAGACCGCCCUUCUCCAGCUACUUUCGACGAGGUGUUUCAGUGCAUUUUUGACUAUAUAGACAGGCUAUUUGUGAUGGUGCGGCCACGAAAGCUGCUUUACAUGGCUAUUGAUGGCGUGGCGCCAAGGGCUAAGAUGAAUCAACAGCGGUCAAGGCGUUUUAGAGCUGCUAAAGACGCUGCAGAUGCGGCCGCCGAAGAGGAAAAGUUGCGGGCGGAGUUUGAGCAAGAAGGCAGGAAGCUUCCUCCCAAAAAGGAAUCACAACUAUUUGACUCUAAUGUUAUCACACCUGGAACGCCAUUCAUGGCUGUUCUAUCCGUUGCUCUCCAAUAUUACAUUCACAUCAGACUAAACAAUGACCCUGGAUGGAAAAAUGUUAAGGUGAUACUUUCUGAUGCAAAUGUUCCUGGUGAAGGGGAGCACAAAAUCAUGUCGUACAUCCGUCUCCAAAGAAACCUUCCUGGGAAUGAUCCAAAUACUCGCCAUUGCCUGUAUGGGUUGGAUGCCGAUCUGAUCAUGCUGGGAUUGGCCACUCAUGAAGUUCAUUUUUCCAUACUCAGAGAGGUUGUAUUCGCUCCAGGGCAGCAAGACAAAUGCUUUCUUUGUGGUCAAGUGGGCCACUUAGCUGCUAAUUGUGAAGGGAAGGCAAAGAGGAAGGCAGGAGAGUUUGAUGAAAAAGGUGAUGCUGAAAUCGUGCCUAAAAAACCUUAUCAGUUUCUGAAUAUUUGGACUCUUCGUGAGUAUCUAGAAUACGAGAUGCAGAUUCCUAAUCUUCCUUUCAAGAUUGAUUUUGAAUGCAUUGUUGAUGAUUUUAUCUUCAUGUGCUUCUUCGUCGGUAAUGACUUUUUGCCGCACAUGCCUACACUCGAGAUUCGCGAGGGAGCGAUCAACUUGCUGAUGGCUGUUUAUAAAAAGGAGUUGAGGGUUAUGGGGGGGUACUUGACUGAUGGAAGCAAGCCAAACCUAGCCAGAGUGGAACACUUUAUUCAAGCUGUGGGAUCAUUUGAAGAUACGAUAUUUCAGAAAAGGGCCCGAUUACAUCAAAGACAAUCUGAAAGAAUCAAGCGCGAGAAGUCUCAAAAGUCGCAAAUCAAAAGAGGAGACGAUGCUGAACCCAUGAGUAGACCUGAUUCUCUUGUUCCUGUUGCUCGCUUCGGUGGUUCUCGCCUUGCUUCUGCUCCUUCGCCUUCACCCUUUCAACAGAAUAAAUCUUCAACUUCUUCUAGACACGAUCAACUUGGUCAAGCUACCUCAAGUUUGUCUGAUCUUGACAUCAAAUCUAAACCAUCUGAAACUUCGGAAGAUGAGAAACCCUACAUCAGGGCACCAAAAGUUGCACGUGUGGAUUCUGGAGCCACUAUAGGUGCAGCUAUUGUUGAAGCUGAGAGCAAUCUAGAAAUUGACGAAGAUGACAACAAAGAAGAGCUGAAAAUAAAGCUAAAGGCGUUGCUUCGUGACAAGUCCGAUGCCUUCAAUUCGGACAAUCCAGAGGAGGACAAGGUCAAAUUGGGAGAACCAGGGUGGAAAGAGAGGUAUUAUGAAGAAAAGUUUUCUGGAGAUUCUCCUGAAGAACUUGAUGCGAUACGAAGAGAUGUGGUCCUGAAGUAUACAGAAGGAUUAUGUUGGGUUAUGCACUAUUACUACGAAGGUGUCUGUUCCUGGCAAUGGUUUUAUCCAUACCAUUACGCACCAUUUGCUUCAGAUCUGAAGGAUCUUGGACAGUUGGACAUAAGCUUUGAGCUAGGAACCCCAUUUAAGCCUUUCAAUCAGUUGCUGGGGGUUUUUCCUGCUGCAAGUUCUCAUGCUUUACCUGAGCAGUAUAGGAAAUUAAUGACUGAUCCAAACUCGCCUAUAAUCGAUUUUUAUCCUACUGACUUUGACGUGGACAUGAAUGGUAAACGGUUCGCUUGGAUGGGUAUUGCUAAAUUGCCUUUCAUUGAUGAGCGGCGUCUACUUGCGGAGGUGGAAAAAGUUGAGCACACACUCACGGAAGAGGAAGCACGGAGAAACAGCGUACUGUCCGAUUUGCUUUUCGUGUCAGUGUCACACACGCUAUCCCCAUACAUAUUUUCUCUCGAUGAUCGAUGUAAGCAGCUGACGGACAAAGAAAGAGUUCAGGUUAAGGAGCGGAUUGAUCCAGCAGCCAGGGCUACAUGCAGUGGUGGAAUGAAUGGCUACAUUUCCCUUUGCUCUGGCGAUCCUUGCCCUCCCGUCUUCAGAUCACCUAUUUCAGGGUUGGAAGACAUUAUGAACAACCAAGUCAUAUGUGCAAUAUAUGGACUUCCAGAUGUUCAUAACCACAUUCCUCGACCGCCGCCAGGUGUUACGUUCCCAGAGAAGAUUGUAACCAUUGGUGAUCUAAAACCAGCUCCAGUACUUUGGCACGAGGAUAAUGGAAGGAGGCCGUAUGACAAUGGAAGGUACAACAACAACAAUAACGGACAAAGAUAUGACCACAACAAUCACGGACAAAGAUACGACAACAAUCACGGACAAAGAUACGACAACAAUCACGGACAAAGAUUCGACAAGAACAACAACUACAACCAAAGGUUUAAUAAUAAUAACUCAAACGGACACAGAUACAACCUAAGGUCCAACAAUAACAACUCAAACGGACCACCCAUAUCCGACAGCAACGCAUGGUACAACAACACAAACGGGCCGCCCAGAUCCGAUAUCACAAACGGAGCCAUAUCCGGUCGACAGCUCGGAGAAGCUGCACACCGCCUUGUUGUUAAUAGUUUACCGGUAAGGCCAGAAACGAAUAGCCGCCACGCUGGUCCGGCACACCACCCACACCCUCGUGCAGCAGCCGUUGGAUAUGGACUGCCGCCACCUAAUCAGCCUCUUCCAUACCCUGCGGGAGAAGUGGCCAUGCAAACUAGCCCAGUCUAUUCUCACCAUAGACCUUCGAGCUCGGUUCCUUACAGACAACCACCAUACGCCGCCGCCCCACCGCCGCCGCCUACUCACCACAACCCACAUAAUAAUAGAUUCCCGGAUUCUCGAUAUGGAUCAGACGACAGGCCUGCAACACAUGCUAGGGAUAACCCUCGGCAUGGGCACUAUGCUCAAGGUGGUAGACAUGGACAAGCGCCGCCUCAGCAACAUGGCUAUCAGCCAUAUCCGCCACCUCAGCGUGGGGUUCAAACUCCGAUUCGACCGGGGGUUCAAACUCCGAUUCGACCGGGGGUUCAAACUCCGAUACGACCGGGGGUUCAAACUCCGAUACGACCGGGGGUUUACUAUCAUGAACCGAGUGGUGGAUCCAGUAAUACAGAAGGUGAUAAGCCCUACGGGGGUGGUUAUAACAACAAGCGUGGUGGUGUGCCGUGGGCUCGUGGCGGUGCAGGCAGAGGAUAUAAUGGUCCUCGACAACAGGGAAAUCAAUUUUCGGCUUUGGGUAGGGGAGGAAACAGAAGGCCCCCACAAUCGGAUAAUCGCAGAUAAGAGGGCGGUUAUUUAAUUUUCAAAAUUUUUCGUUUCGCUGACCUUUACCUUGCGACUGUGAGGACAGGUUUGUUGAUUAUAAUGUGCAAGGGGUUUGUUUAUUGAGGUUUUUAAUUUGUACUAUAAAUUGGUGUUUUGUUUUUCACAUUGUAGACUAGAUUGGACUUUUCGGAUAAUAUUGUGGGGGACAGGUUAACUGCGGUGGCGACGAGGCUGAUAUGGUUAGACUGAGUGGCUGAUAUUAUGUAGUAGGGGUAGCUUCGUCCUAGGAAGGGUGCUUUAUUUCCUUUUUCAAAUUCUUUAUAUUUGGUUUCAUUUUAUGUUUUUUUACAGUAGCUCUGUUGUGUAGUAUACAUUUAUACAUGUAAGCCUUUCUAAAUUUUGAUCUUUCUCUA